AUGGCGCCACGCCCCGUCACAAGAACAAAGGCAGCCAAAGCACGAGCUCGCAAAGUUGCUCAGUCCAAGGUCCGUCCCAUGAAGCGUCGAAGUCCAGUAUCGAGAUCGACCAUGCAAAGAAUCGAGUCUCCCGGCAAUGCCAAGGUCAAAAUUGAAGCACCCCUCCUCAAAGACUUCACCAAGGAGUAUGGCAUCCCAAAGACCCAGUUCGCUUGGGGUUCUCGUGAGCCGAGCCCUGAGAAAGAAUCCUUCGACGAGGAGGAGACUGCUCCUCCGCCUGCCAUCAUAGCCCCUUAUUUCGGGUACGGUAGUGGGAUGCGCCGUAUGCUCAGCACCGAUCGUCCUCCUACCUCCUUCAAGAAUUCCUUUCUGCUUCGGUGUCCUCGGCCCUCUCUGCCUCAUGCUUCACAGUUCCUCCUCAAGUCCUCCAGAGGCAUGAUCAAGGCGCCCAAGCGCCUUAGCUUGAUGGAUUUCCCCGCCGAAGUUCGAGAGCAUAUUUACCGCGGCCUCCUGGUAUCCGACAAGCCCAUUCCUGUCUACGACAGAUGGAAGCGAGUCUACCAGCGCCAGAAACCAGGCCUUGACAUCAGCAUUCUCAUGACUUGCAAGACGGUCUUUAUCGAAGCCAGGGGCGUUCUCUAUGGAGAAAACACCUUCCUCUACCGCCUUCGAGAUGCCCCCAAUCCAUCUCAAGUGAUGAGCAACAGCCAUGAGGUGGUCAACAACGACGCAUACAUUCCUGAGACUGGGAUCGGAGAAAGAUUCUCUUUGGUAUUUGGGGGUCCCAAUCUACCAGUAGAGCCAGAGCACGAACCCGGCACCAUCAACAUCACAAAGUAUGCUGAUUACUUUCGCUACAUCACUGUCGAGGCAGACCACAACCGACACUAUUCCUACACGCAAGAGUUCAUGGCCGAUGCCAUCAAGAUGUUUGCCUGCGAACCCUACACCACCAACAUCCACACGCUACGCAUCAUCAUCAGCCCCCGGUAUGAAAGUGGUAAAUUCACCUUUGCCGACUUUUUCGAGCCAGGCUCUGGUCUCAUGGUGGCACUAAGGGCCGUAUGCUGCGACACCAUCCGCAUCAAAAUCCAGAACAAGUUUCUGAACGAGGGCUUGGGAGUGCCCUCUUCGGAGCUCGUCCUUCAUGUCCGCCAGCUGCGGUUCUACAAACAUCUCCGACACGACGAACUCAGGGGCAAAGACGACACCGCGAGACGUGAUCCCUGGAGGAAGGACUCGAAAAUGAAAAAGUUUCGCUUUGAACAGCUUCGUAAGAUCAAUGUCAGACUGAUGGCGCUCAAACGGUCCGUGAUCAGAGCCUGCAAGAAACAUGUGAAGCCACACGUUGUCAGGAGAGGAGAUCUCGGGCCCAUGAAUUGGAAUGCCGACGCUGAGGAGGAUGACUGGGAUGGCUGGGAUGUUCAGGAACAGGAUGACGAGGGGAGCGAAGAGGACAUGGACCAGGAAUUUGAAGAACCAAGUGAUGAUAACGACUCGGACUACGAGAUGUGA